UAGUUUUACGGAAUUUUACUGACUUUUUCUUUCUGGUCAUCUUGUCCACUGACUUGUGGCUACUGGAAUUUUCAUUUUUCAAUAAUGUCGCGAGGUUCAUUUGGUCGUUACCCCUCUUCAUCCUCUAGAAGAAGGAGUCGGAGUAGAAGUCCUAGACGACAGUCUUACAGUAAUGAUUCUAGGUAUGGAGGUUAUGGUGGUUAUAGUGGCUAUAGUGGCAGUUCUCAUCACGGACAUGGCUACAAUUCGGGACCUUCAGGCUAUCAUAAAGAGAGAAGUGACUAUCGAAAUUUGGAUACUUACGUUCCUCGCAAGACUAGAUGGGACACUGAGAAACUUCCUAGUUUUCGUAAAAACUUUUUUCGGGAGCAUCCAAAUUCUGUGGCUCGUCCUCAAUCUGAAGUUGCUGAAUAUUGCAGAUCAAGGAAUAUGUUUGUGAAAGGUCAAAAUAUUCCAAAGCCUUGUCUUAAGUUUGAAGAGGCAAAUUUUCCUGAGUACAUGUAUGAUGUAAUGAAGCGUCAAGGAUUUGUUGAACCCACUCCUAUUCAAGCUCAGGGUUGGUCAAUGGCAUUAAGUGGCUCUGAUGUUGUUGGUAUUGCACAAACUGGCUCUGGAAAGACGUUAGCUUAUUCCCUUCCUGGUUUGAUUCACAUUGAAAAUCAGCCUAGAUUGCAAAAGGGAGAAGGUCCUAUUGUCCUUGUUUUAGCUCCUACUCGUGAAUUAGCCAUACAAGUCCAGAAUGUUGUGCAAGAAUACAGCAAAGUAGUUGGAUUACGUACGUGUUGUGUAUAUGGAGGUGCACCUAAAGUCCCACAGCUUCGAGAAAUAUCAAGUGGUUGCCACUUUGUUAUUGCUACCCCUGGUCGAUUGAUUGAUUUUAUGGAAUCUGGGAAAGUGAGCUUGAAGAGAUGCACUUACUUGGUCUUGGAUGAGGCUGAUAGAAUGUUGGAUAUGGGUUUUGAGCCUCAGAUAAGGAAAAUUUUUGACCAAAUUCGUCCUGAUAGGCAAGUUCUUAUGUGGAGUGCUACAUGGCCGAAGGAAGUGCAAGGAUUAGCUGGUGAUUUCUUAAAGAAUUACAUUCAAGUUAACAUUGGCUCAUUAGAAUUAUGUGCUAAUCACAAUAUAACCCAAGUUGUGGAAAUAUGUGAAGAGUUUCAAAAGGAAAGCAAAUUGAAUUCCUUGCUUGAGUCCAUCAUGGGUCAAAAGGAAAACAAAACAAUUAUAUUUGUUGAGACAAAACGUAGAGUUGAUGAAAUUACUAGGAAGCUUCGUUAUGGAGGUUGGCCAGCUAUUUGUAUUCAUGGCGACAAGGUUCAAACUGAAAGAGAGUGGGUUUUAAAUGAAUUUCGUUCUGGUAAAGCUCCUAUUUUGUUGGCUACUGAUGUAGCUUCAAGAGGAUUAGAUGUAACUGACAUUAAAUAUGUGAUCAAUUUUGAUUUUCCUGGUAAUACUGAAGAUUAUGUUCAUCGGAUUGGACGAACAGCUCGUGCCAAAAACACUGGCACUGCAUACAGCUUCUUUACAAAACAGAAUGCAAGGCAAGCGAAAGAUCUGCUUGAUAUACUAAGAGAAGCCGGACAAUCUAUAAAUCCCAAACUUUAUGACAUGAUGGAGUUUGCUAAAACGAUGAUAAAAGAAAAGUCUCGUAUGCGGUAUCAAGCACGUCAUUCAGGUGGAGUUGGCUCAAGUGGUGGGAGUAAGCCUAUGAAUGGGCAUGGUGGUAGAGGACGAGGAGGAAAGUUUCCAAGGGGAAAAGGAAGUAGUCCUUGGAGCUCUGCUACUAAUGGACCCAGUGCUGCUAAUGGAGGAACUGCUAAUGGGUAUUCUGGCAUGUACUCUGGUGGAGGAUAUGGAAGCUAUUCUCAGCAGCCACCAGCUUUGAAUAUGUAUCCACCUCCUCCUCCUCCUCCUCCUCCCAGAGGAUUGGAGCAAAAUGCAGCGCAGUUCUCAAUGCCAAUGAUGUAUUAUCCUGUCCCACCACAUGUACCUAUUCAACAACCUCCUGUUCCACCUACUACUGCAUCACAAUAAAGAAUGUGCUUCAUCUGGUUUGACUUGAUUAUGUAAUAAACCCAUCAGUCACAUCUGUGUUGUAUUAUUUUAGCUAAAAUUAUUAUGGUGUUUUAAGUGUAAUUAUUAUUGUGAUAAUAA